UUGCUACCUUGGCACUUCAGUUUCGAACGGUGAAUCGCACAAUCAUUAAAUCUCCCAGUCCCGUUGGAUACCAUUGGUGAAAUCCUCGUGUAUUUAUUGAUUCAGUAAACGCCUUGAUAUAUUCGAUAAUCAUGUUGAAAUAUACUAUACUCUUCGCUACUGUGUUCUACAUGGUGCAGUCGCAACGACCAUGGCACGCUGGUACCGGUAAUCGUCUGCCUCAGGUUCUACCUCAAUAUAUUGACGAGCGAAUAGCAGCGGAGCAAGCGACUCAAGCAGGUCAAGCAGCUCAAGGAGAUCAAAUAAUCCCAGUGGGUCAAGGAACUCAAGGAAUUCCAGUGGGUCAAGGAGUUCAAGGAAUUCCAGCGGCCCAAGGGAUACAGGGAAUCCCAUUGGGCCAAGGGGCUCAGGGAAUUCCAGUAGGUCAAGGGACUCAAGGAAUUCCAAUAGGUCAAGGAGCUCAAGGAAUUCCAGUAGGUCAAGGAACUCAAGGAAUUCCAGCGGGCCAAGGAACACAAGGAAUUCCAGUGGGCCAAGGGACACAGGGAAUCCCAUUGGGCCAAGGGGCUCAAGGAAUUCCAGUAGGUCAAGGAGCUCAAGGAAUUCCAGUAGGUCAAGGAGCUCAAGGAAUUCCAGUAGGUCAAGGAGUUCAAGAAAUUCCAGUGCGUCAAGGAUCUCAAGGAAUUCCAAUGUAUCAAGGAUCUUAUGGAAUUCCAACGUAUCAAGGAGCUCAAGGAGCAUAUCAAGGGAGUCACAUUGGUACCGAUAGCACGCUGCUUGGAAAUCGAAUAGGUGAAGAGAGUGCAGCUGCAGCUACACCGUCCCUAAGCACAACUAUAAAUCCAGCUGAUUUACCAGUCGAUGCUCACGGCGACAUUGACUUGAUAAAUAGGAUCAAGACCUGGCCGAGAGACAAGCAACCAUUUUGGUACAUUAACUGGCAGGCGAUUCAAGCCCAUCGUGGCGACGUGAACAACACCGCCCGGCCAGCCCAAACGCAACCGAAUUCAAGAUCGUUUUUCGCCGGUUAAGACGUCGAAUGAAUUGUAAAUCGAAUAACCAACAAGACUGUAAAUUUAAGCAUUUGUUUCUAAUAAUAGGAUAAGGACUCAAUCGUCGAUGUAUAUUUAUGACCGUUGAUGACGACAGCGGUUAUUCCUAGUCAAAACCGUCUCUUUGGAAAAAUAUGCGAUUUCAUGUUUCGAAGAGUCGUCAAUCAGGAUUAUUACAUCGAUCCGGUCUCUCGAGGAUAGAAGAUUCGAAGGCGAUCGAAAUAAAUGUCACGUGAUUAUGCGAAUUUGCAUGACUUGCCUCCAUAAUAGAAUUAGUGAUCAAAUUUUUAUACAAAAAAAUAGAAAUGACGAUAUUAUGUGAAAGUUCAGCCAGAAAAUAAAUUUUAGUACUUC